AUGCAACCAGUAGUUUCACUGCUGUGAAGUAGUUGCGCAUCAGCUGCUGACGGAAAUUAGGACACAGAAACCGCGGAAAGUCUGCCUUGUCUUUACACACAACUAAAUGGUUCGGAUUUACAACAUAUUCAACAUAUGUAGAUGAGCUAUCAAGCGUUUUUUAAGCGUUUGCCUUCAAUUUGGACAUGCAAACGAUCGCCAGGAUUUGAAUGUGAGACGCCUGACACUUGAGCGCCAUGAAUGUUUGUAGCUUUGCAGGCUCUUUCCUCCUUCUCCUCUUCAUUAGCAGGAUCAUGGACGGCUCUGUUGCCAGCACGGAUGAGAUGUUGCCACCCACUAUUCAGAAGCUGAUGAAGGGAUACAACAAGUACCUUAGGCCAUUCUUUGGGAAUGGUCCUGUUACUGUAGGGAUGAGUCUGGAUAUUGCCAGCAUAGACACAAUAUCAGAAAUCAACAUGGAUUACACAGCCACCAUCUUUCUCCGUCAGCGCUGGACAGAUGAACGCUUGUGUUUUGAUGGUAAUAAAAGUCUGAGUUUGGAUGGGAGACUGGUGGAGCUCCUCUGGGUCCCAGACACAUUCAUUGUGGAUUCCAAGAAAUCCUUCCUGCAUGACAUCACUGUCGAAAACAGACUGAUCCGGAUAUUUCCCAACGGAACUGUGCUGUAUGCCCUGAGAAUUACCACCACAGUGGCCUGCAGUAUGGACCUGACCAAAUACCCCAUGGAUAGGCAGACAUGCACCCUGCAACUUGAAAGCUGGGGAUAUAAUGUAAAAGAUGUUGUUUUCCACUGGACUCGUGGGAAUCAAUCAGUUAGCGGCCUUGAUAAUUUACAGCUGGCUCAAUAUACCCUUGAGGAUCAUUACACUUCCGAAUCUGAGGCUGUUUAUGAAACUGGUAACUACCCAAAGUUAAUUUUUCACUUUAAACUCAAGCGGAGCAUCUUGUAUUUUAUUCUGGAGACGUACGUUCCUUCUAUUGCACUGGUGGUUUUGUCCUGGGUCUCUUUCUGGAUCAGUCAGUCUUCAGUACCAGCUCGCAUCUGCAUAGGAGUGACCACGGUUUUGACAAUGACCACGCUGAUGAUGGGGGCUCGUACAUCUCUGCCCAAUGCCAACUGCUUCAUCAAAGCCAUUGAUGUGUAUCUGGGCAUCUGUUUCAGCUUCAUCUUUGGUGCGCUGAUUGAAUACGCGGUCGCCCAUUUCUGCACUUUACACCAGCCGAACGCUGCCAAUGCGUACAUGGAUCAAUUGCGUGAUCAUGAUUAUCCAUCAAACACAUUUAUGUCUCAUUGUAAUGAUCAGUAUGGCCUGGAAAUGCAGGAGCGGGAGGAUGAGAUGAAUGGCAUUGUGUCCUCCAUCAGGAGCAAUGCCCUGCGGGCUCGUAAGCGAGAAGAGAUCCUGUCCAGGGUGGGCGAUGCCAGCAGCCCUACUACUAGCAACAGCAAGGAGGAGAUCAGCUCUUCUCAGCCUCAAACCCGAUGCACCACGUGUAUGUCAAAGACAUGGCAAGUUGUACGCUGUCUGAACUGUUGCAAUAUAGAGAAUCCACACUAUAUCGAUAACUACUCUCGGCUGACCUUCCCUCUCUCAUUCAUUUUUAUCAACCUUCUCUACUGGACCUACUACCUGUACUUCUAGAGAUUCAGUCAUGUAUGUGUUUGCCUGUGUAUGUGUGUGUGUGUAUGUAUGUAGAGGGGUUUAUAAUGAUGUAUGUGUACCUCAUUUUCCUACGUACAUGUCUGUAUGUAUUUAUGUGCAAUUAAUGUACUUUGAGUAUGCAUCAUCCCUUUUUGGUAUGCACGAUUUAUACAGAUUGGUACAAUAUACAUCUUCAUGUAAGUGUCUGGAAUACGUGGCCUUCGUUUUCUGAUGGAGCUUCAUUUAUUCAAAUUCACUCGAUCUGUGUAAAUUGAUAUAUUAAUUUCAUGACACAACUAUAAAAAUUCUCGAGUCAUACAUAAAAAUUUGACUGAAUAUAUUAUUUAAAGGGGACAUAUCAUGAAAAUCUGACUUUUUCCAUGUUUAAGUGCUAUAAUUUGGUCCCCAGUCCUUCCAUUAACCCAAAAAUGUGGAAAAGAUUCUCUGCAAGCAUGUGAAAAAAUAGGUAAUUGAAAUUUGGCUCCCCCUGUGAUGUCAGAAAGGGGUAAUACCGCCCCUUAAUCUGCACUAGCCAACCAUGACACUGCUAUUUAGUGCAGAGAUCAGCUUAUUUGCAUUUUAAAGGACACAGCCAAAAACGGCAUAUUUUUGCUCACACCUACAAAGUGGCAAUUUUAACAUGCAUUUAUGAAUUACUGUCGACACGUGUAACCAAACAUAAGCAAUUAAUGAAACCGAAAUGUUAAAAGAAGACAAUUUGCAAAUUGAACAUUACAAAAGUUUCACGUAGUUGACUGCUCCCAGGUACAGUAAUAACAAAUAGCUGGACCAAAGAUUUUAUGUCAACACAACAUAACUAAAGUUUCUGAAUUUAUACAUUUAGUUUUAUUAUCACACAAAAAAAUAGCCCUUUGUCUUGUUUUUGUGUUAACGCACAACAGGAAUCUGAAAGUUUUUCCUUUGCAGAUAAGUUGACUUAUCUGUGUGAGGUUUAUGAGAAUAUCAUUAAGGGAAUAGUAGCUCUGAUUGUGAAUGGUUCUGUAUUAUUUGCAUGAUAAUUUAUUCAGCUGUCCAUUGUUUAUUUAUUUAGUUAAUUUAUUUAUGAAAUGCUCUUAUGCAAUCUAAGGCUUUUUGAAUAAGAACUGCACUACAAUUUUUUUAAUGAAGACUAUUUUUGGCAAAUGCUAAAAAAUAAUGUGUAUCUUUGCUAAUGUCUUUGCUGACAUUUAAAAGAUAUCUUGAUUUAUUUUCUGAUUGUUAAUAUCUAAAUUGCUGUUUUUGUUUGUAUAUAGCUAGCUGUUUUAUUUUCCACUGCUAACAAAACAAAUACUGUUCUUGUGUAAUAGAAAGUUGCCACUUUUUUUCUAAAAGGUAUUCACCUAACCUCUGUGGGUAAAUAAUUUCUUAAAGGUGCAGUGUGUAAUUUUUAGAAGGAUCUCUUGACAGAAAUACAAAAUAAUAUACAAAACUAAAUUAUCAGGGGUGUAUAAAGACCUUUCAUAAUGAACCGUUAUGUGUUUAUUGCCUUAGAAUGAGACGUUUUAUCUACAUACACAGAGGGUCCCCUUACAUGGAAGCCGCCAUGUUUCUACAGAAGCCCUUAACGGACAAACUUUUUUACUAAGUUGUCUCCAACGAUGACAUGUUUGUCUGGUGGCGGCUACCGUAGCUUCUCUAUGUGUUUCAAAAGCAAGAGGUGAGUAGUGGACUGAGCCGUUGGCUGCAAUUCGCAACCUCACCACUAGAUGCCGCUAAAAUUAACACACUGCACCUUUAAACUGUGAAUGUCACACUUCUUGCAGGUGAAUAUAUUUUUGCUUAUGUACAAAUGUUUUGUUUUUUUAUUGGUUCUGAAUUACAAAUGUAAUAUUAAGUUCCUUAAAAAGGAUUUUGUUUUGGUAUAUGCUAACCCAAUAUUGUAAAUGAUGCUUGCGAAAUAAUGUUAAUUAUUAAUACUGUUAUUUUAAUCAUGCAUGAAAGUUGCAUAUGAAGGCAAUAAAUCAUGUAGCCGUUUUUCAUGCAUGGAAAUUCUGACGCACCAGUUUUUUUGUUUUUAUUUGAACAAAAUAAACAGUUAUACAAUCUA